UUGGAGCUCCUCCGUUUGCGUCAGCCCGGCGGGAAUAAAGCCCGACCCGCUCCGUUUUCUUUUUUGGAGCUUGACCACAUCUCAGGCAGUCCUGAGGUUGGCUCCGGGCCCGUCCAGUCCCGUUUUUUCGGUGUGGGGGGGGCCAUGAGGACCCUGAACUCUCUCCUGCUGCCUCUCUGGUUCUGGUUCUGGUUCUGGACCCACGCCGGCCUCCACGCUGCCCAAACAGGUUCAAAAUGCGGCGCCCCUCAGGUGUGGAGCACAUCGGCGUCCUCUCUGAGGAUCGUGGGAGGGACCAAAGCUGCUUAUGGCUCGCACCCGUGGCUGGUUUCCCUGCAGAAAAGAGGUUCUCACUUUUGUGCGGGCGCCAUCCUGACCGAGCGCUGGAUCCUGACUGCGGCCCACUGCGUCGCAUCCAUGUCAAAAGAGUCUCUGGGCGAGGUCCGAGUCCUGGCCGGGGAGUUCGACCUGAGGGCGCGCGACAAAGAGGAGCAAGUCUUCCUCGUCAAGUCCGUCACGGCCCACGAGAAGUACCGCCGCGUUUUGCCCAUGGACUACGACAUCGCGCUGGUGGAGCUGGACCAGCACAUCCGAAUGGGAACUCGCGUUCAGCCUCUGUGUCUGCCGUUGGCUGAGGAGAGCAGCCUUCCGCAAACCCCCUGCCUGGUGGCUGGGUGGGGCAGGACAAAGGAAAGGGGCCGUCUCUCCGCGGUGCUCCGGGAGGUCCAGUUGGAUUUGCUGGAGCCUGACCGGUGUAAACGGGUCCUCCAGACCCUCAAAAGCUCGUUUCUGAACCAGAAGGCAGCCAUGACGGUGCUGUGCGCCGGGCAGGAGCGCGGAGGAAAAGAUGCCUGCCAGGGAGACUCAGGAGGCCCUCUGGUGUGUCCGGCGGGGUCAGGAAGCGGUCACUGGGUGGCCGCGGGCAUCACUUCCUGGGGUAAAGGCUGCGGCCGGAGCUGGGCAGACAACAGCAGCCGCCCCCCCUCCGGCAGGGGCUCUCCGGGGAUUUUUACCGACGUCAGGCUGCUGCUGCCCUGGAUCAAGCAGAAGCUGAGGGAGGCUGAGCAGCAGCCAGGAACAACUUCAUCAAGACUCUGCAGUGUGAGCGAUGGGCAUCUCUCCGCUGGCGAGGGGGUGAUCAGAAACCCCCGCCUCUCUUCUGAUCGCUAUGACAACAACCAGAUGUGUGUGUGGAGCAUCGCCGCUCCUCCUGGUCACGGCAUCCUGCUGGAGUUUGACCGGUUCGACCUGGAGAACGACUCCUGCUGUCAGUACGACCGCCUCACGGUUUCAGCCCGGACUCACAGGACAGUCGGAAUAUUCUGUGGGCGUGCUCCGCCGGGUCCAGUGCUUCUCCAGAAUUCCCAGAAUGCAACUCUUCGCUUCUCCUCUGACAUUAACGGAGCAGGAAGCGGCUUUGUAGUCAGGCACCGUGCUGUCAGGGGACACUCUCAUCCUGGCUGCGGGGCCGUUGUCCUGGUCGAGGAGCAGGCGGAGCUCCGCAGCCCGGACCACCCGCGGCCCUACGCCCCCGACUGCGUCCUCCGCUGGGUGGUCCACGCCCCUCAGGGCCACGUCGUCAAGCUGGACUUUGCUGACUUCGACCUGGAGGGCUCGGAGGAGUGCGUGUACGAUUCCCUGGCUGUCUUUGGAGACGUAGCAGGGACAGAAGAGAUCGCGCUGCUGUGCGGUGGAGGCGUUCCCCCCCCCGUCCUGUCCUACGGCAGCCUCAUGGUGCUCCGGUUCUCCUCAGACGGCAGCGUGGCCCACAGGGGCUUCAGGGCGGCGCUCACUUUCGUAGCAGUCGCCGACCUCGAUGAUCAGGGAGGAGCAGCUGAGGGGGGGAGGCCGCCUGUUUCCACAGUCGACCAGCCACAAACAGCGUCUCACGUUGACCAACGUGUUUCAGAUCCUGCUGUGCAGCGCUUAAACAGCAGAGUUCUGCGUCAGCGGCUUGGUGGGGACCACCGGGCCUCACAGGGGCCCCGACUGCACACCGCCGGGGGCCCGGACGACGAAGACCACAGUGGGGAAUCCUCCGGAAAAGGACUUUAACUUUCAAUUCGUAUUCUGUCAACUGUCCUGUGAAGUCACAUGGUGGAAAUUCCAGUCUUAUAUCUCUGAUUUAGCAGCCUCACAGCUAUUUCUCCGUUGAUGACGUUUAAUACAUCUAAAAGAGAAAACUUGCCUUAAUUAUUGCUUUAGCUGUAGUUAAAGAUUCCCUGAAUAAACUCAUGUUUGUAACCCACUAUAUGAAUAAAUAUUUUUACGUAUUUGGUAUUUUUUAUUCUAUUUGGUUGCUUUUUUGAUUUGUGUGUGUGCCUUUGCUGCCUUUGUUCUUAUCAUAUGG